AUGCAGAUCGCGCUCAGCAGCUUGGCGCGGAAUAAACUGGUCGGGUUUGGAGUGGCGAUCGAGAAACAACCACCACGCUAUCGGAAAGUGAGACUGAAGACCUUGUCCGUCACGUUGAGUGCGAGAACAGAGCAAAAUCCAUUUUCUACGGAGCUGGCGGCAAUGGCGCAUACACUGAAGACACUCGUGGGAUUAAAAGACUUUAGGAUCACACUGAUCACGAGCAACAAAGCGGUGGCUCUUACGUUAAAGAACCCGCGACAACAGUCGGGUCAAGAAUUUGUCUGCCAAAUCUACAAGCUGAUGAGCAGAUUGCAGAGGCAUGGAAAUCAGAUUAGCGUCCGGUGGAUCCCCACUAGCGAUGACAACAAACUACUAGGGCUAGCGAAAGAGCAAGCGAGAGCCGCGACGCAAGAAGAUACCAUCCUGCAAGGACAGGUCCCCAAAAUGAAAUCGACCACUCUGAAGAUUGCGCGUGCCCAAGCAGUCCCCAAUAGCGAGUUGCCCGAGAACAUAGGGAGACACUCCCGACGAGUGGACACAGCACUCCCAGGAAAACACACGCGACAGCUAUAUGACCGAUUGUCGUGGAAAGAGGCGAGCGUGCUGGCCCAGCUCCGCACGGGCAUAGCAAGACUCAAUGGAUAUCUCUUCCGGAUCAAUGCCGCCGAGACAGAUCAAUACGCAUGUGGACAAGCAAGAGAGACGGUGGACCACUUUCUGUUUCGAUGUCGGAAAUAG